GGCUCGGCCAGACGCGGCGGCAGCCGGGGGACGGCGGGCUCCGCGGCCCUUGGCGGCUCCCGAGACCCAGGCGUGAUCCCGUUCUCGGCUCCUUCUCAGUUGCAGACAACUGCAAAUAAUGUGAACAAAGCAGUAGUGACAGAUUUCUUGCUGACUAUCUGAACACUGAAUGGGAAGCACAGGGCUGGAGCCUGGCAUGGAGGAGAUCCCAGUUAAAGUUGCGGUCCGAGUCAGACCUCUGCUUUCCAAAGAAAUACUUCAUAACCACCAAGUGUGUGUCAGAUUAGUCCCAAAUGCAAAACAAAUUAUCAUUGGAAAGGACCAUGUCUUCACUUUUGAUUUUGUAUUUGGCAAAAGCUCAACCCAAGAAGAAAUUUAUACUGUUUGCAUUAAGCCUCUUCUAGUGUCUCUGACUGAGGGAUACAAUGCUACAGUGUUUGCAUAUGGACAGACUGGUUCUGGGAAGACUUACACCAUUGGCGGUGACCACAUUGCAUCAGUUGCAGUGAAUGAAAAAGGCAUAAUCCCACGAGCUAUUCAGGAAUUAUUUCAGCAUAUUUCUGAAAACCGUAAUAUUAACUUCUGUGUGAAAGUAUCUUAUAUAGAGGUUUACAAGGAAGAACUUCGAGAUUUGUUGGAGCUGGAAACCUCUGUGAAAGAAUUACAUAUCCGAGAAGAUGAGAAGGGAAAUACAGUGAUUGUGGGCGCUAAAGAAUUCCAAGUAGAAUGUGCAGAUGAAGUGAUAAGCCUGCUGGAAAGUGGCAAUGCAGCUCGUCACACAGGCACAACGCAGAUGAAUGAGCACUCUAGUCGAUCUCAUGCCAUUUUUACCAUCAGUAUUUGUCAGAAGCAAUCUGCAGAGUCUCAAAAAAAUACUGAUGCUGCACAGGAUUUGAUCGCUUCGAAGUUUCAUUUUGUGGAUUUGGCAGGAUCAGAGAGGGUAGCAAAAACUGGAAAUACUGGUGAACGCUUCAAAGAAUCAAUUCAGAUCAACAGUGGUCUCUUAGCAUUGGGAAAUGUCAUCAGUGCCCUUGGAGACCCAAAAAGGAAAAGUAUACAUAUUCCAUACAGGGAUGCUAAAAUCACUCGUAUUCUGAAGGACUCCCUUGGAGGAAAUGCCAAGACUGUUAUGAUAACAUGUAUAAGUCCAUCCUCACUGGACUUUGAUGAAUCUUUAAAUUCUCUCAAAUAUGCCAACAGAGCCAAAAACAUUAGAAAUAAACCGGUAGUAAAUUACAACCCCGAAAAAGGCCGCAUUGAUGAAAUGGAACUUGAAAUCAGAUUACUUCGGGAUGCUUUGCAGAACCAGCAGAUCAGUAAUCAGUAUUUACAUGACUUAAAUGAAGAAAAAGCUCGUAUCAGUUCACUUGAGGAGCAGCUCACCCGUCUUCAGGUUCAGUAUUUCAGUUAUAGAAAUUGUGUAGAUGAAGCCUUCCCCUUUCUACUUGAUUUGAAUGAUGAUGUUAGCUUAAGAAGAAGUCAGCGGGACAGGUUGCAGAGCUGGAUCACUAUGGUACAGAAAGUAAGGAAGGAAGCUCUCACCAUCCAGGAAACUGACACAGGGACUGAGAUCAGCCCAGAGCCACACCAUGUCACGAUUCUUCAGCUAAAGAAGGAACUAAAGAAAUGCCAGCAGGCACUAGUUAUGGAUGAAGAAGUAUUCAGCCAGAAGGAUCAUGAAGUCCAGAUACUACAGAAUCAGAUAAAGACAUUACUACAGGAAAAUGAAGAACAACUGGCAUCUUUAAAGGAGGCUCAAGAAACACAUAGAUUACAGACUGAGAAAAUGGUAGAACAGCAAAUGCUUAUUGAUCAGCUAAAAGAGAAAUUAGAGAAGAUUACAGAUGUGAAAACUUUAGAUAUGUCAAAUGCUUGUGAAGAUGGGCCAGCAUUUGCAAGGAGGCCCUACAGUGUCCCACUCACAAAAAAUCUGCUACGCUCCCUUCACCCAUCUUCAGGUACAGAGACCCAAAAGGUGUAUACCAGCCCCUGUGCCUUCUCCCUGGACAGGAUAAUGGCAGAAUUCCAUGCUCGCAGACAGAUGAUACUGAGCAAGAUAGAAGAUCAGGAUAAAGUCCUUCACUGCCACCUCUCUGGUCAGAGUGAUGAAGAGGAAGAAAAUACAGGCAGCAAAGAAAAAACCUCAUUUAAGCAUUCCAUAAACCAAACAUGGACACAAAACCAGGCUUCUCUGUGCACUCUUCCUGAUCUAAGUGACAUGAAACGUCAAAUAAACAAGUCUGGUUUAUCCAACAAAUUUGUGCUACAGAUUGACACAGCCACAGGUGAAAAGAUUGACAGCCUCCAGAAAAUUCAUGUUUUUAACAUGCAGAAGUUGAAGAUUUCAGAGUUGAGAUUCACUGAGGCUGAGAAAAAAAUAAGAGAACUUGCACUUAAUAUCAGAAGGAAAGAGGAACUUAUUAAGGAAUUAGUAAGAACAGGUAAGGAGGCUCAGUCUGUAAGUAGGCAAUAUUCUUUGAAGAUAACUAAACUGGAGCAAGAAACUGAACAGGCCAAAAUGGAACUGGCUGAAAUACAAAAGCAGCUUCAGGAGCUGGACAGUAAAGAGGUGAGAGACGUUCCUGAGAAAGUCAAGUUACAAAAAGAGUUCUGGAAGAAGAUGGAUGCAGCUAAGUUGAAAGUGCAGGCCUUACAGAAGAAGCAGCAGGACACUAAGAAUCUGGCUUCCUUAUCUAACAAAAGUGAGAGAGAAGCAACAGAACUUGAGCAGAACGUGGCUCAUAUGAAGUAUCAGCAAUCCCAGACACAGAAAAGACUGUAUGAGGAGAGUGAAAAAAAGAAGCAACUAGAAGCAGAACUUCAGGACCAGCAACAAAUUAAGGAACUUCAACUUAAGAUGGAGCAACAACAGAAGAUCCUUGAACUGAAGGAUAAAGAAAUUGCUGCUUUCAAAAAGAAGAAAAAUAACUCUGUGGGAACUCCACAGAAACUACAGAAAUUAGAAGAGCAAAAGAAGUGGUUGGAUGAAGAAAUUGAAAGAAUUCUUCAACAACACCAACAGUUAGCAGAACUAGAAGAAGAUUUAAAGAAAAGAGAAGCCAUUGUAGCCAAAAAAGAAGCAUUAUUGCAAGAGAAAAGCCACCUGGAAAUCAAGAAAUUGAGAUCCAGCCAGGCCUUAAACAAAGAUAGUGUGAAAUUGUCUACUCGCUUAAGUAUGCUGGAUCAGGAGCUGUGUGAUAAAAGUAUGCAGCUUCAGGGCAGCACCACUGAAGACAAGACAGACAUUUUGGAAAAAAUUCAGGUUCUGCACAUGGAAAGGGAUCAGCUGCUCAGAAAGAGAAAUAGUGUGGAUGAGAAACUGAGAGAUGGUAAAGUGUUGUCAACUGAAGAAGAACAUGUCCUUUUCCAGCUAGAAGAAGGAAUUGAAGCUCUAGAGGUUGCUAUUGAUUACAAGAAUGAAAGUAUUUAUAAUCGCCAGCACUUGCUUAGGUCAUCUUCUCAGAGUCUUUCACAGAGUGAGAAUAAUGUAAUAGGGAAACUAGUUUCCCUGUCUGCUGCUGAGCUCAGAGCUAUUAUCAUCAAUUAUUUCAACAAGAUUGUUGGCCUACGUGAGUCUGAACGAAAAUUAAAACUGCAGAUUGAAGAACAGGAAAUGAAGGCUAUGGACCGGGAAAACAUAAUACGCGAAUUAGAAUCAGCACUUGGACACAUCAAGUUGCAGUGUGACAGGCAGCUCACCCUCCAGCGCAAAGAACACCAGAAAAAAAUACAGUUGAUAUUGCAUCAUUUCAAAGAACAAGAGAGUGAAGGUAUUGCAGAAAUCUUGAAAGGGUAUGAAGUAAAAGUCCAGCAACUGGAAAAGGAAUUAUUUUUCUAUAAGAAAACCAGCAGAGAGCUGAAGAAGAAAUUGAAGGGCGUCUUUGGAGAGACAUCCCAUCAAAUAUUGUCAGCCAGUAAAUGUGAGCUUAUUAUCUGAAACUGUUUAUGCAAUUGUCAUUAGACCAUUUGAAGAGGGUGAACAUACAGAAGUAUAUCAGAUAGCUGUAAGUGUCAUAUUUUUACUGAACUAACUGUUCUUCAGGAAUAUAUUUCACCUCUCAGUUUCAAGGGAGAGACAACAUUGAUUUAUAGCUGUAGCAGUGGUAUAACAGUGGUUUAAAUUUUUGUUCUGUUUUCCCUGGAUUCUAAUAUAAUUUCAGCAUCUACAAUCUCAAAUUAUUAUGGUUAACACAAAGGAAUUUUGUUAUCUGAAAGGGUCUGCAUGGUAUUAAACUAACAGCUUUGUUAUAUGUCAUGCACUUGAUUUCUUAAAAGUUACUGUGAGAUUGCCAAUGAAAAAUUCCAUGCUUUUAGUUACUAACUAGUUACUUACAUAGUAAGGCUGAAAGAGAGGAUUUACACACUUGUAGGAAAAAAGUGCUUUCUAAUGGGAUUCUGUGCUUUGACAUAGAAAAUCCUCAACCAACUCAAAAACCCAAAAAACACCAACAACUAACAGUUGCUAUAAGUUUUUAAUUGUUCUGUGUCCUACUUGCCAGAAUCCAAACCUACAACAGAGCUCUUCACAUGGAGGAGAAAAGAAGGUUCAAUUUCAUCGCUAUUUCGGUUGCAUUGUACCUCUUGAUGACACCACAAUACCUAACAUGCACAAUACAGCCUUCUUGGCCCCAUGUUUCUCUUUGAGGCUCAGCAAGACUGGUUCUUCCUCCAGUGGAUGCUUCUGUUUCUUUCCACUCUGACAAUGCUGUGCGUUCUACAAAGAGAUGCCAACUACUUCCCUGCUACUCCCAGAGUGAAGUAAGGCUUGGCUCUUGCCCUCUGGGCAGGAUAAUGAGCCAACACAUUGAUUACCAUAAAGUACACCAU